GGUCCUCUAGGGAGCUGCCCACUGCCUGCUGAUCGCGAGCUGCACCCACAGCGUUGGCACUAAAGAGACAGCAUCAGUGUGCUUGUCUUGCAAACAAACGGCAAUAGGGCAAAGUUUGGGGCAGGGUUUUGGGGUGCCCGCUCUUUGCUAAACUCCCUGGAAUCCCCGUGCAGCAUUUUGGAAAGCGAGGUUAAAGCAGAUGAUGAGCAAGAGGAGUCUGACAGCGUGUGUGUGUUUCUAACGGGCUGGCAUCGCUGGCUCGGAGGAGAGCUCCGCAACGCCAAGUCUAGCAAGCAGCUAGAGUGGAGGCGGCGGCGGCAGGGGCUGUGCACAAGGCUGCUCAGCACGGGCAAUUAUUGCUCCAGCUGUUUGGACAAAGAAACAAAACCCUAAGGGAGGAAAGGAUUUGGCAGCCUAGGAGCGGCGACUGCGUUGCCUGCCCGGAGCCGGGCUCGUGCGGACUGAGCUGACGGGCUCGGAGUGACUGUGGGAUUCCCGCCCCCUCCCUCCCGCGGGAGGCUGGCGCUGGGCAGAGGCGUCAGGCACCUGCCCGGGGGCGGGCUUGGCUCGAAGGCUGCGGCCCCAGCGCCACUGGCGGGGAACCCUCGGAUCCGCUUCUCAGCCGGGCUCCCCGCUCCGGCGGCCAGGGGCUGCUCCCGGGAGGGGACCCGCUUCCCCCUGCACGUGCCCGGACGGAGCUGGCGCUGCUGCCCGGGUCUAGCCGCCGCCUGCUCCCCCAGUACACGAGCCCGUGCUCGGGCGGAGCCGCCUGACAGGAGCAGCCCAUGGGCACGGGCUUGUGCCCGGGCCGUGCUGCUGCAGCUGCCCGGCGCUAGCCCAUGGGCCGAGCCGCUGCCCGGAACUAACCAGCCUCCUGCGCUGCCCAUGUGCUCCAGCUUGCGCCCGGGUGCCGCCGCCGCUGCUGGCUGGGACUAGCCGCCUCCUCCCCCGGUGGAUGCCGCCGGGGAGCGGGCGGAGCGCGCAGCCGGGGAGGGGGGCUGCCGCGGCCGCCGGAGCCGGAGUGCCUGGCAGUGCCCUCUGCGCUCAUCAGCAUGCUUUACUUCCAGAUGGUGAUCAUGGCAGGGACCGUGAUGCUGGCUUAUUACUUCGAGUACACGGACACCUUCACGGUCAACGUGCAGGGCUUCUUCUGCUACGAGGGCUCCUACCGCAAGCCCUACCCGGGUCCGGAGGACAGCAGCGCCGUGCCCCCGGCGCUCCUCUACGCGCUGGCCGCAGGGGUCCCGGUGCUGGUGAUAAUCAUUGGAGAAACUGCAGUGUUUUGUCUACAGCUAGCUACAAGGGAUUUUGAAAACCAAGAAAAAACCAUAUUAACUGGAGACUGUUGUUAUAUAAAUCCACUGGUGCGCAGAACCAUCCGAUUCCUUGGAAUCUAUGCAUUUGGACUGUUUGCUACAGAUAUCUUUGUAAAUGCUGGACAAGUAGUAACAGGGAAUCUUGCACCACAUUUUCUUGCACUUUGUAAACCCAACUAUACAGCACUUGGAUGUCAACAGUUCACACAGUUCAUCAGUGGUGCACAUGCCUGUACUGGAAACCCAGAUCUUAUUAUGAGAGCCAGAAAAACAUUUCCAUCCAAAGAAGCAGCUCUUAGUGUAUAUGCAGCUACGUAUCUGACUAUGUAUAUUACCAACACAAUAAAAGCCAGAGGAACAAGGCUUGCAAAACCUGUUCUGUGCUUAGGCUUAAUGUGUUUGGCAUUUCUUACUGGUAUCAACAGAGUAGCCGAGUAUCGAAAUCACUGGUCAGAUGUGAUAGCAGGAUUUAUAAUUGGAAUAUCAAUAGCAGUGUUUUUGGUUGUAUGUGUGGUAAAUAAUUUUAGAGGAAGACAACCAGAACAUGAAAAUUCUCAUAUGGAUAAUCUGGCCCAGAUGCCAAUGAUCAGCAUCCCACGAGUAGAAAGUCCUUUAGAAAAGAACCACAUCACGGCCUUUGCAGAAGUCACAUGAUGAUGAAGCUGCUGUGUAUUCACUACACUGGACAUCAUCUCUUUUCACAGUCCACUCAUAAUAACUGAAGUGUAUUGAAAAGAAGAGAGUAAAAAUUGUCUGAUUUAUAACUUGAUUUUUACAACAUUAAAACUACAUCAACAUUUGAAAACUGCUUCUUAAAUAUUAAAAGUUCAAUUUACUUUCCAACAAAAGCAUUGCACCAUUAUUUAUGUAUUUAUUUAUGGGGGCGGGGGGAGGGAAGGAAUCUGAACUUUAGUCAUGUUUGUAUGACAAUGCCCUCUCUAGCCUUUUUUGGCUAUUUAUCAUUUUAAUUAUUCAUAUAUCUAUUCAGCAGUACAUCAUUUUCUGAUCGAUUGAUUUUAAAAUCUGAGUUUUUAAUUCAGCAUGACAUUGUUUCCAUUUGAGCAGAUUUCAGUGUAUGACUUUUUUUAAAAAUUAUGUUCUGUACUAAAAUGCUGUUUGCUCAUUACAUUAUGCUGUAUUUCACUUAAGAUAUCAUUCAUACCAUAUGUUACAUAUAAGACUGGUGCUUCUGCUUUUGAAGAGAAAAAAAUGCCAAUUUUUACUGUAAUAAGUAUUGUAUCAUAAUUAAAAGUUUAUUUGGAUAUUUUCCUGACUUAAGUGUAGUCCAGUGGUUGAUAUGUAGUUCCUGAAUGUCUUGGAUGAUGUACAUUGUAGCUAGGAUAAAGGACAUGACAAAAUAUAGAAAUUCUGGUCAUUGGUAUAUAUCCUUUUUUAGUAAUGAUUUCUCAUUCUGAGUUAAGGGCUCCAUUCUUAGUCCCAGGAUAUCUUAAUUCUUUCUGUAACUAACAUGAGAAGUACAGCUAUUGCAGAUCACUGAAACUACAUGGAGUCUAUAUUCUCCCUCUGAGUAUGUGUUAUGCAUCUCAGGGCACCCAGCUGGCAUGCUAGAAGUGUAUGUGUCAAGGUGAAUGGGGGAAAAGGAGAAGGGGAAACUCGCUUAACAAGCAAUUUACAUAUUUCUGUACCCUAUGUUUUUGUUUCAGGGAAUUUGUGGGAAAAGUGGCUGCGUAAAUGUAAUCAUAGACAUCUUGGUCCAAAUUGCUCAAGAUAUUUAGGUACUGCUGAAUUCAGGAUUGUCAAUGAUCUUUUGGCUCCUAUGUGCCUAAAUCCCUUUUGAAAAUGAGAUUUGGGUUCCUAAAUCAGUUAGGUGUUACAAUGCUGAGUGCAGCACCUAAAUACCUGUAAACAUCUGGUCCCUUUAGCUAACAUGACCAGAACUUAUAUAAUCAAGCACAAGGGAGUCUGAUUGACCUUGGGAGCAUAACAGGGGACAUAUUUCAAAUUUUCCAACAAUUGCUGUAGUGUGUAAUCGAGAACCUGACUUGUCUUUAACUUCAUGCAUUCAUAUCUCCUUUUUCCACUUAUUAGUGUUCACAAUCAUAUCAAACCUACCCAUUGGAAAGGCAAUCCAGCUCUCCAUUAAUGCUGAAAUUGGCCCAUAUAGAGUAAUUUUAUAUAGGUGGAGAGCCCAAAAGGGUUUGCAACUGUUUGAUAGAGUGUAUGCUUGACCUAUCUCUGAAGACUUAGCUUUCGCAACUGCAGAUAUAAUGCUACAGUUAUUCACACAUCAAGAAUAGCAGUGUUGGUAGAUCUGUUGAGAUCAAGCAGAGCAUGCCAAGCCUCACAUUUUCCGCACGUUUAGUGCCUGUGCACUAACCAGUGGUGGAGGCUGCACAACCUAUUAAAAAAAAAGUGAUGUCAAGUGUACAUUAUAUGUUUAUUGACCAAAUGAAGGGAAAGUAUAGGUUUAAAGGGAAUGUCCAUUUAAUCUCUACUUUAAUAACCUAAACACUGCCUGGAGGACAGAGCAGGCUCACAGUGUGAAUAUUAUUUGAGUAGACCAGAGAACGGAACAUAUACUUAUCCAGCUAAACUGAAAAUCCAGAAUAAAGAUGCAUGGAAAUGGAAAAAAGCAAGAAUAGAGCCCUCAAGCACCACAAUGCUACUUACACUAUUGAAAACAGUGUUCAUUAAAAUAUCAAUUGUUUAAAAAAUUGUAGUAUUUUUCAAAUGUGUGUACCACCCUGCUAAAUACAUUUACCUUUCUUCCUCUGGCUCUUUAAGAGCCAACCCACUAAAAAUUGCUCUAUGUGCAGCUUUAAGUGAAAUCUUCACUUUUUUUUUUUUGCAUGGUAUUGA